UGUCAAAUGUCAAAUGAAAAGGUUGAGAGUGAGGUUAUAAAUUAAAAUUUAAGUUUCAAAGAACUUGCAAAGAACCAAGCAUAAAUAUACUAAAUUACAGCUUUUGUGAAAUUUUGUGCAAAUAACUACAUCACUAUAAAAUAAAUUAAACCCUUAUAGCCUUGUGAAACAUCACCAUUUCUUCAAAAAAGAAAAUGGAAUUCAAUGUAUCUUUUUUAGCGGGUUUGGGAUGCGGUUUAUGUAUCGGUAUAUCUUUCUUUGCUAUAAAAAGAUAUUUGGGAUCAUUCAAAGAGACCGCAGAUACAAUAAAAAAGUUUGCUUCAAGAUCAGAAUACAAAUUAGUGCUUGUAGUUAGAACAGACUUGGGCAUGAGUAAAGGCAAAAUUGCAGCCCAAUGUGGUCACGCUGCCGUGGGAGCUUUCGAGAAGGCAUUACAGAGAGAUCCAGAGGGUCUUAGGUGUUGGCAAGCCACCGGUCAAGCCAAGGUUGCAGUGAAAACAGACUCGGUAGAUGAUAUGAAACAAAUUGCAGAUAAUGCAAAGAAAAUGGGAAUCAUAACAUCUAUGAUAAGAGACGCAGGCCGGACACAGAUUGCUCCAAAUUCAAUAACAGUGUUGGGUGUCGGACCAGCACCUAAGGAUGUGGUGGAUAAAGUGACUGGACAUUCGAAAUUAUUGUAAACAUGCGCCUUAGCUCUUGUGUAACAAGAUGAUGUUAAAUUGCAAGAAUCGUGCAUUUAAUAUAAUUUUAUUGUGUUCCUUGCAUUUUGAAUGCAUCAUUCUUCAUAAGUUUGUUGUAAAUACGUACUGUUAUACUUUAUCUGCUACUUCAUAUUAUAAGGUAUAACUAUUGA